AUGCCUCCAACUCCCUGGAUUACCUUCGAGACUUCGCCAAGCGGAAACAUUGUCACAUGCCAUGAACCGCCGCCAUCGGGCUCCUCACUCCAAGAGACGCAGGCUAGCGCCAUUGAAGACUAUUCCCGGCCAUCUUUUGUGACCUUUGUCGGUCGAAGAUCCAAGGCAAUCCUGCUAGAUAAACUUCUUAGGGCCGAACUCGCAGUACCCGUACACAGGGAAGUGUAUCUAUGGUCAUUGCCUCGGCAAAGAGGAUGUGCACCACUCGUUGUGAUCGAUUCUGGCAUGCAAAACUCGCUAUCGCAACACCCGAGCCCCACCAUCGCUGCAGCCGCCACCCCCGCAACGUCCUGGUCUCUACCAGAGGUCGGAAAUUUCAACGCCACUCUAUGUGGCAAAGUGUUUUUUCCCUUUUCUAGUGUGAUAUGUUGCUUUGUUAGCAAUAUAGGUGGCCCAAGAGCAGUCGCAAAGUGGCUGGCUGACCUUGCGGAUGCGGUCGCAGUUAGGGAUUUGCCAACAUUGCCCCGCAUCUUAUUAGUUGUAGAGACAAAAUCCGAUACAUUCGAUGAGAGGAUUGCAGCCAACAAAGCAACAGCCCACCUUAAACAAGCCCUUCGAACGGACUGCAUCCCAGAGCAUAAAUCGAGUCUUCAGAAUAUCAGAGAAAUUGAGGUUCUAGGACUGCAGUCAUAUAAAUCAACCCUAUUGCGUGCACGGGCUUUGAAAAGGCGCUUGCUAGCGAUGUCUGAGGCUUCUAUGAUAGAGCGUGCUAGCGAUUGCACGCAGUUUAGCUACGCCCACUUUCAUGUUCUCACAAGGCAAGCGCUGAGCCAAAUGAGCACUGAUAUCACCGCGCCUUUCAAAUUUGCUGGUGCUUCCCGACUAAAGUUUGUAUCCGCAAUACUUGACGAGUUCUGUAGGAUUUUCAACACGUAUCAGAACAGCAGGGUAUCAGCGAGCGAAAUCCAUCGUCAAACCUUGCGCACAAACCACCCUCACCUAGUAGACCUUAAGAAGAAGGUGCUUGUAUGUGGCCAUGCUUUAUGCGACCCGUGCAUUCGGAUAUUCGGAGCUCGCUCUCGGUCAGAGAGAAAUACGUUCGAGCUGAAAGAGUGCGUUCUAUGCGGCGUCAACUAUCAAAGCUCCAAGUUCCAUUUUGUACCUCCAACAGCAGGCAUACGUAUGCUGAGUGUGGAUGGAGGGGGCGUUAGAGGAGUGAUUCCUCUAGUAGUUCUUCAACAUCUUGAUCGUACACUUGCCCCACUUGGAUGCGCAAUUAAGGAUCAUUUCGAUUUUGUAUGCGGGACAUCAGCUGGGGGUCUCGUUGUCAUCGGCAUGUUUUUGUUACAGUGGGGCGCAACAGAGUCUAUACGGCGCUUUGAGCAAGUUGCUGAGAAAACGUUCGGCAAGCGAAAAGACAUAAUAUCGAGAGCUCUUCAGCUUCUUAACGCAUACGUUGAAGAUGGCCAAUACAGCCUCGCCGCUAUACAAGAGGCAUUUCGAAAAACGUUCAACUCUCCUCUGCAGAUGUUCAAUCCAUUACGGAACGAUACUAAGGUGGCUGUUACUACUGCUGCUGUUCAUGAUGCUCUCCCGUGGUUAUUUACUAACUACAAUGGGGGGAAGCGUCCUAAUGAUGUUGGAUACGAUGUUGUUCGCGCUGAGAAGGCGCAAAAUGAUAUCACUGUUAGUGAUGCAGCAUGUUGCACCUCAGCCGCGCCCUGGUUCUUCAAACCUCAAACGGUGCGCAGUCUAGGGAUCUACCAAGAUGGAGGGUUGCAACACAAUAAUCCAGCUAGCAUAGCUCAGUGGGAAAGUCGAUUCCUUUGGCCGGAUAAAGACAAUCCUGAUUUUGCCAUUUCCCUAGGUACUAGAACAUCAGCGGGGCCUGCGAACCUUGGAUUUACCAACUCGCGUUUCUAUGUGCGUUUAUUCAAAAGUUUUAUGCGUAAUCUAGAUGAUCCUAGUAUACGCACUAGGUAUCAUCGCCUGAAUGUAAGAUUUACAGGUCCAGAGCCUAGCUUAGACGACGCACUCCAAAUACCCGACCUUAAGGCUAUAGCACAGCGAAAGAUCGAGGAAGAUAAGCAUACUAUCACGCUUGUUACCGACGCCAUACUAGCAUCGAUGUUUUAUUUUGAGCUGGAUGCGGUACCUACUGUCGACGGGAAUAGUUAUCUUUGCUUUGGCCAUAUUUACUGUCGCCUAGACCUUCCCGCUGAAGGUCUCCGCUACCUAUAUAACCAGCUGGUUAGUACUUCCUCAUGGUUUCUGAUUCAAGGAAACCCUGUCGUCUGUGUGCAAUCCGUACCUAGAGGGUUGCCGCCAUUCCAAAGAUCAGUAACAUUCCACACUGAAAGCAUGGAUGAGGUUGUUACAUUCUCUAUAAGAGGUAUUACGAGUAAGACAAGACUAAUAAGUGGCUUUCCUACUACCCUAACAAGGUUGGUUAAUGAUCAAGGUCUUGUGAAGCCGUUCGGUACUCUCGAUCACGCGGUAUCAGAGAAACCGCUGCCAGCAAUCCCUGCAAAACGUCCAAGCUCCCCUCAAUCAUCGCAACUUGUCCAUCACUCAAAAAGACUGCGCGUAAAAACAGGGUUCUUUUAG